AUGAUUGAUUCAGUUAUAUACGGUUUGAUAGUUGUAUUGGUAAUUAUCACUGCCGAUCCAGGUCCACCAAUUGAUACCGGCCCCUAUGCACCACAGCCGCCGCCUGCAUAUAAUUACUACGAAUAUCGAUCUCAGCAGCAACAACCAACGCCUUCACCCUAUACUGCUAAACGAAAUCAAAAUAGCAACAAUUAUCCUGAGCAACCUGUUCAAUCAUCGUCAAUCGCAGCAACGUAUUCAAAUACACAGAGAAAAACAUCGGCAAAUCAAUGUAAACUGCAUAUCAAUUGUCCAAACGCUCGAAACCGGGUGACACUCGAUAUUCAAGGUCCUGAUGGACCACCCGGCCCACCUGGUAAACAAGGCAUGCAAGGUCCGAGUGGUCCUCCGGGUCUUCCUGGACCACCAGGUCGAGAUGGUUAUUCCAAUUUAAAAUCAGCAUUUUUUGUCGCAUUGAAUAAAACUUACUCUCUACAAGAAACAUCUGCUAUCAUCGUUUGGGACGAUGUUAUAUUAAAUAAAAACUAUCAUCUGAAUAACAAUACUGGUAUCUAUUAUGCACCUAUUAGUGGUUUGUAUGAAUUCAGUUUAACCGUUUGUGUACCAGCAAAUCAUAUUGCAUCUGUGUCUUUGUGCAAAAAUACAGAAAACAUUGUACCAUUGUGGGUUGAAGGAUUUUUAACAGCCGUCAAGAAUCAAAAGGUACCUAUCUGGAAUACAGCAUCAACGACUGUUGUCUUGUAUUUACAUCGUGGCGAUCGGAUCUACAUUCGUGCCCAAUCACGUGAAGAUGGAGAUUAUCAUUUUAAAACGUCAUUGUACGGCUGGAGAUACUCAACAUUUGGUGGAUUUUUAAUACAUGAAGACAAUUGA